UUUGCAAAAGGAAAGAUGGCGCUAAAUGUUGAGAUAGUCUCCAAAGAGAUGAUUAAACCCUCAUCUCCAACACCCCAUCACCUGAAAAGCCUCAAACUCUCUCUCUUAGAUCAGAUUGCACCACCAGUUUAUGUUCCGAUCAUUCUCUUCUAUCCUCUUCAGUUGGGCUCCAAGAUUGAUCCUACCCAAAAAAAUAAAUCUCUGAAACAAUCAUUAUCAGAAAUCCUAACACAGUUCUACCCAUUAUCUGGAAGGAUCAAAGAUGAUUUUUUCAUUGAUUGUGAUGACACUGGAGUCGUGUAUGUUGAAGCUCAAGUCCAUGCUCAACUCUCAGAAGUCAUUGCAGAGCCAAGCAUGGAGGAAUUGAAACAGUUCCUCCCUGUAGAACCUUAUAGCAGUACUGGAACUGUGAAGGAGACCCUCCUGGCCAUUCAGAUAAACUUUUUUGACUGUGGUGGGAUGGCCAUCGGCGUCAAUAUGUCUCACAAAAUUGCCGAUGGAUCGUCGUUGAUCACCUUCAUGAAUGCAUGGGCUAGUAAAUCACGUGGAGAUAGUCUAAAUUUGGGUCUUGAUUUUGAUAUCGAUUCUCCGUUUCCACCCAGAGAUUUAUCUGGGUUCAUACCAAAUGCAGUCAUAAGCAAAGAGAAGAUUGUAACCCGAAGAUUUGUGUUUGAUAAAUCAAAGUUAGAAAUUCUCAAGAAAUCUGCAUGUUCUGGUGCUGAAUCAAUAGUGAAGGAUCCGACCCGGGUUGAAGCCGUCUCAGCUUUCAUCUGGAGCCAUUUCAUGCAGGUUGCCAAUGCCAAUGCUAAAAUGGAUUCAAAAAAGAUAUUUGCUGCAGUUCAUGCAGUGAACUUGAGGCCCAAGAUGAACCCACCUCUUUCUAAUCAUGCCUUUGGAAAUCUAUGGAGCUUUGCUCUUGCUGUGUCAAAGCCUGAGGAAGACAAAGAUUAUCAUGAUCUGGUUUUCAAGCUCAGGAGCGCGAUAAGGAAGAUCAAUGGAGACUAUGUGAAGAAACUGCAAGAUGGAGAGGAGUAUUUGAACUAUUUGAAACGAUCAAAAGAACAGUUUUCACGAGGAGAUUUAGAGUUCUGUAAUUUUAGCAGUUGGUGUAGAUUUCCUGUGUACGAAGUGGACUAUGGCUGGGGAAAACCUGUUUGGGUCUGCACUACGGCCAUGCCGUUCAAGAACGUGGUGAUAUUGAUGAGUACAAGGGAUGGGGAUGGGAUUGAAGCGUGGGUGAACAUGGUUGAAGACAACAUGGCCAUGCUUGAACAUGAUCACAAGCUUCUUCCACUUGUUCACCAUAUUAUCACUCCUUCAAAACCUGGUGUAGCCACUCUCUAA